AGAGCUGUAAGUACUUCUUUGUCCUAGUCUUUGUCCAAGAAUUAAACUGGUUUGUAUAGUCUUUGGUUUCUACUCUCGUGUAGUGUUUCAGUUUCUUAUCCAGUUUUACGUUUGUCCAAAAAUUACAAUGUGAAUUUCCAUUUUACUUAUACAUAUGUGAAACCCCAGUUUUGUCUGCAUUUUUUUUUUUUUCAGAAUAAAUGCUGUAAUAUAAACAAUGUGAAAAUUAUCUGCAUCUCUAGUGGGAAAUGUUGUUGUUGUUGUUUUAUAUUUAUUAUUUUAUAAUUUUACCAUGGUAAUAAGACUCACAGUUUAGUUUACUUUCCCUUUUUAUAGAUGGAAGGGCGAAAAUGGGAAGAGCUGAACAAUGAUUGUUUGGUGAAUAUAUUUGGGAGAGUGGGAAUGGAUUCCCUGCUAUUUGAUGUUCCCUUCGUAUGCAAGUCAUGGUACAAAGCAACUCUCAAUCCUCUUUGCUGGCAAGACCUUGUUUUUUCUCGUGAAAUCUCAGACUCCACCAAAACAAGAAUUGUGGUUGAAUAUCGAUUGCAGAGGUUUGAUGCAACUGGAUUGAUCAAGCUUGUUGUCAAUCGUAGUGGUGGAUUUGCUGUUAAACUAGUUCUUCCUAGCGAUUAUACGAAGGAGGCCCUAGUUUGUACGUGUCGCAGAUGGGUGUCCUGCUUUAAAAUAUUUGACGUUUUCUAAUUAUCACUUCUGGGAAGUGUCGGAAAGCAUUGCAAGUCUCAUAAGCAAGUGGAAAAAUUUGGAGAUGUUAAGGCUUGGAAACUCCCGUAAUAUGGAAGCAAUCCUUACACAAGUCAGCAUUCAUUGUAAUGAUUUUGUUGGUUUAGGAAUUUCAGGACCCUUCAUUGGAUUAGGAGCCUACAUUGGAGAAGAUGAAGCACGCGUUCUGGUCACCUUACUGCCGAACAUAAAGUACUUGGACCUGAGGUAUGCAUCCCUCAAACGGGAAAAUCUUGUGACGAUUUUGAAGGGCUGCAAAAAAUUUGUGUUUUUUGAUGCUAGGGAUUGUGAAGGUUACGAGUGUGAUGACGAGAUAUUGAAUCUUGCUUCUCAUAUUCCUACCUUCAUGUAUGAGGGUUCAGAAGAGUGGUUUGAUGAUGAAAAUUUUGGAUUCGUAUAUGAGUUUGAUGGUGAAAAUUUUGGAUUCGUAUAUGAGUUUGAUGAUGGAAUUCUUAGAUUCGCACAUGAGUUUGAUGAUAAAAUUUAUGCUAUUGGUGUGGCUGAAUACUUUGUUGAUAACAUGGCUGAAGUCAUUGAUGAUAUCUCUGGUUGAACUCUUCAUGUAUGAGGGUUCAAGAAGUAGUGGGGAUAUAUAUAUAUAUAUAGAUAUAUAUAUAGUCAUUUUACUGACCUUUUCCCCUCUGAUGGGUUCAGUGUUUUAAAAAUCAACGUGCGUCUAUGAUGUGAAUGUAUUGAUGCAUUACUAGUAUGUUUUCUUUAUCAACUUUAAAUGUAUCUAAAUUCUCAUCUUAUUUUUUUUUUCUUUUUUUUUUUCAUCAAUUUUAUAAUUUUUUUAUUUAUAAAUGGGAUUUUAACCUUGAAUUUGUGCAAUCAUCAGCAAACCAUCAUUACUUUUUUAUUAGAUGUGACAUGCCUUUAAAUUCUUACACCCCUUAGUUCUUAAUUUUUUUUUUUUUUAAAAAGUUGUCAUGGUUCAUAAUUAAUUUCAUUAGUUAUGUUUCAAUUAUUACUCAUAUGAUUAUCUGAUUUAUGUAACAAAAUUUGUUAUAAUUAAAAUUUUGAUUAUAUAAUUUCUGCACAA